GAUUAUAUCAGACAUUCCUGCAGUUUAUUUAUCUUGCAAUAUUUAGGUCAGACGCUUCAUUCUGUUUGUCUUAUUCGUAAAGAAGCACAAUAUGAGUGGAAGCAAUCUAUCCGCCGUGUUGUAUAAGAAAGGGGAUCUACGAUUGGUGGAUUCUCCAAUUAAGGAGCCAGGACCUGGUGAAGUACAAAUCGCCGUCCAAAGAGUGGGGAUAUGUGGUUCUGACGUUAAGUACUGGAAAGAUGGCGCCAUUGGUCACUUUGUGGUCACUGGACCAUUACUGCUAGGUCAUGAAAUCAGCGGGGUCAUCAGUAAAGUGGGGGAGGGAGUUACACACCUGAAAAUAGGUGACCGUGUGGCUGUGGACCCACACAUCACGUGCCGUGUAUGUGAGUUCUGUAAGUCUGGCCGCUACAACAUGUGUCCUAAAGUUUACUUCCUGGCCACGCCCCCUGACGACGGGGCUCUGGCGAGGUACUUUGUUCACGCCGCAGAUUUCACGUUCAAACUUGCGGAUAACGUCAGCUUUGAGGAAGGCGCAUGCGUGGAACCUCUUUCUGUUGGUCUACACGGUUGCUGGAGGGCCGGGAUCACGCUGGGGCACAAAGUCCUAGUGACGGGGGCAGGUCCUAUCGGUCUUUGUGCAAUGCUUUGCGCAAAAGCGCUGGGCGCCUCAGCCAUCUGCAUGACAGACAUAGACUCCUCCCGUCUUGAGUUUGCUAAGAAGUGUGGCGCCACCCACACACUCCUGAUAACACGGGAAGACAAGGAGGAGGAUGUAGCAGUAAAAGUGGCGGAUCUGAUAGGGGCGACGCCAGACAGAACCAUUGAGUGUAGCGGAGCACAGUUUGCUGUCAAUCUCGCUGUUCACGCUACAAAGCCCGGUGGCCAAGUCAUUAUAAUUGGACACGGACCGACUUCUGUUUCAUUUCCGGUUGUGGCCACUGUUGCCAAGGAGAUUGAGAUCAAAGGUUCAUUCCGCUACGUGAACACUUGGCCCACGCUGAUAGAGAUGUUGUCCUGUGGUAAAAUCGACGUAAAACCAUUGAUUACCCACCGAUACAAACUGGAACAAACCCUGGAGGCAUUUGAGAUGGCAAAAAGUGGACAAGGGGUCAAGGUCAUGAUUAACUGUGGGCAGUGACGGCAUGUUUGAAGCUUCCAAUUCUGGGACCACUUUAUAAAUACUGAUAGUUCGUUUUUUAUUUGCAAUUCAUCUCACAAAUAUGUACGCGAUGAAUAAUAAUAAUAAUAAUCAAGAAAGAAAAAUU